UAAUAAGAGGGAAAAAAAAGAAAGAGAAACAAAAGAGGAGAGAUUCGAGCCAGAGGAGGGCGAUGGCGAGGGGACGGCGGGAGAUCCCACCCUGCUCCAAGACCUACGGCUUCCCCAUCUACUGCGCCGCCUGGGUCCCCAUCGACCGGAUCUCGGUCGCCGCUGUUGCGGCGGAGGCGGAGGAGAAGGAAGACAAGGACGAGGCGGCGGAGGAGGAGGCGGAGGAGAAGGAAGACGAGGGCAAGCAAGAAGGAGGCGAAGGAAGCGAGGGAGAGAUUUCUCCUUCGUCUCAGAAAGAUCGGCUCCUGGUGGCUCUGGGGGGAGGCGGGGGCGAAGGCCGGAGCGGGGUUCCCAACGCUCUCGUCAUUUCCGAGUUUGAUCUCGCGUCACGAUCCCUCUCCGAUCAGCCGGUGUUUCGGAUGGGAACGGAUGCUGAGGUGCCUUAUAGGAUGGCUGUACACCCGGGGGGAGACGGGAUUCUUUGCUCAUUUCCAAAGGGUUGCAGGUGGUUUGAAUGGGAUUUUCCAGAGAGAAAGGAAUCCCAUAAAUUGGCUCUUAAGUCCUCUGAAAAGAAAUUGUCACAGCUGGUGGAGGAUGGGCUGCAGUUAGCGGUAGCCUUUAAUGCAGAAGGUUCAAUGCUUGCGACUGGUGGUGAGGAUGGGCAUUUGAGGGUCUUCAAGUGGCCAAGUUUGGAAAUCAUUCUCGAUCAAACUGAUGCUCAUGUGACUGUGAAGGAUUUGCAUUUCAGUCUCGAUGGAAAGUUUCUUGUAUCAUUAGGCAAUAGUGGCCCUUGCAGGGUUUGGGAUCUGAUAUCAUCAACAGCUGUAGCGCAUCUGCCAAGGGAAGAUGGUGAGGUUUUUGGCUUCUGCAGGUUUUCUCAAAGCACUGAUAAUAGUCAGAUACUAUUGAUUACUGCAAUGCAUGGUGACCAAGGAAAGAUAGUGUCUUGGAAUACUCUUUCAUGGAAGAGACUUGGGUCAAAGAAGGUAGUCCGUGACCCAAUUUCUGCAUUUCAUGUAGCAACUGAUGGUAAACUUUUUGCAAUUGGGACAGUAGAAGGAAACAUCAUGAUCCUAAACUCAGAUAUGCAGGUUCAGACUAUAGUUAAAAAAGCACACCUUGGCAUUGUUACUGCAUUAACAUUCUCCCAAGAUUCAAGGGCCUUGAUGUCUGCUUCCUUUGAUUCAAGCGCACGAGUGACACUUAUAGAAAGUAGAAAGAGUAGUGGGUUGAGCAUGUUGCUCGUUGUCCUGGUUAUUAUACUGGCAAUUCUGGUAUAUUUCAUGAAGUUGAAGGGGGUCCUUUGAAUUAUUGUGCCAUAUGGAAAGGGAGAUUUUGAAUUCGAAUUAUUCCUGGAGUAGGAGUGAGCUGGAAAGAUCAGCUCCUGUACCAGCAAAGCAGAUAACUCAAUAUGAUGGUGGAUAGUUUUGUCUAAGCGUACACACACACACACACACACACACACACACACACACACACACACAGAGAGAGAGAGAGAGAGAGAGAGAGAAGGAUUUUGGGUGUAUAUGUACACGUCCUUUUUAUUUCGUCAAUUUAUGAGUGUUUCUUGUGUUUUUGUCGUUCUUUUGCGAUGACACUUUUUACCUGUUCUAUACCAUCAGAAAUUCUUAUUUUGAGACUAAAGUAGAUAUUCUCAAUAUUCAUACUUAAUAUGUACUGAGCAAGAGAUUAUAAAGAGCUGCUAUAUUACACAGCAAUGCGAGAUUUU